UUCUAAAGUGGAUGACUUAUCGACUGCUAUUCUGAAGCAGAAGAACAGGCCCAAUCGGUUAAUUGUUGAUGAAGCCAUCAAUGAAGACAACAGUGUUGUGUCACUGUCCCAGGCAAAAAUGGAUGAAUUGCAACUGUUCAGAGGAGACACUGUUCUGCUAAAAGGAAAGAAGAGGAGAGAAGCAGUCUGCAUUGUUCUGUCAGAUGAUACCUGCUCAGAUGAGAAGAUUCGCAUGAAUAGGGUUGUUCGCAACAACCUGAGAGUGCGCCUGGGUGACGUGAUCAGCAUCCAGCCUUGCCCAGAUGUGAAAUAUGGCAAACGUAUCCAUGUGCUGCCAAUUGAUGACACGGUAGAAGGGAUAACAGGGAAUCUGUUUGAGGUCUAUCUCAAGCCGUACUUCCUGGAAGCAUACAGACCCAUCAGGAAAGGUGACAUCUUCUUGGUGCGUGGAGGGAUGCGUGCAGUGGAGUUCAAAGUGGUGGAGACAGAUCCAAGUCCUUACUGCAUAGUGGCUCCGGACACAGUGAUCCAUUGUGAAGGAGAGCCCAUCAAACGAGAGGAUGAAGAAGAGUCACUGAAUGAAGUGGGUUAUGAUGACAUUGGUGGCUGCCGGAAGCAGCUGGCUCAAAUCAAGGAGAUGGUGGAACUUCCCCUCCGACACCCUGCGCUCUUCAAGGCCAUAGGAGUGAAGCCUCCACGUGGGAUCCUGCUGUAUGGUCCUCCUGGCACUGGUAAAACACUGAUUGCCCGAGCGGUGGCCAACGAAACGGGGGCUUUCUUCUUCCUGAUCAACGGUCCUGAGAUCAUGAGCAAGCUGGCUGGUGAGUCUGAGAGCAACCUGAGGAAAGCCUUUGAAGAAGCAGAGAAGAAUGCUCCUGCCAUCAUCUUCAUUGAUGAACUGGAUGCCAUUGCUCCUAAGAGAGAGAAGACACAUGGAGAGGUGGAACGUCGCAUAGUGUCUCAGCUGUUGACUCUUAUGGAUGGACUGAAACAGAGAGCACAUGUGAUCGUUAUGGCAGCUACCAACAGACCUAACAGCAUUGACCCAGCACUCAGGCGAUUUGGUCGUUUUGACAGAGAGGUAGAUAUCGGUAUCCCAGAUGCCACCGGGCGCCUGGAGAUCCUGCAGAUCCACACAAAAAAUAUGAAACUGGCUGAUGAUGUGGAUCUGGAACAGGUGGCAAACGAGACCCAUGGCCAUGUUGGUGCUGACUUGGCUGCUCUUUGCUCAGAAGCUGCUCUUCAGGCUAUCAGAAAGAAGAUGGAUCUCAUAGACCUAGAAGAUGAAACCAUUGAUGCUGAAGUGAUGAACUCACUGGCUGUGACCAUGGAUGACUUCAGGUGGGCUCUGAGCCAGAGCAACCCUUCUGCUCUUCGGGAGACUGUGGUGGAGGUGCCACAAGUUACCUGGGAAGAUAUUGGUGGUCUAGAAGAUGUAAAGAGAGAACUCCAGGAGCUUGUACAGUAUCCUGUGGAACACCCAGACAAGUUCCUCAAAUUUGGCAUGACCCCAUCGAAAGGGGUUCUGUUCUAUGGGCCACCCGGUUGUGGUAAGACACUGCUGGCCAAAGCCAUUGCCAAUGAAUGCCAGGCAAACUUCAUUUCCAUUAAGGGGCCAGAAUUGCUCACCAUGUGGUUUGGUGAGUCUGAAGCUAACGUGCGUGAGAUCUUUGACAAGGCCCGCCAAGCAGCCCCUUGCGUGCUCUUCUUUGAUGAGCUGGACUCCAUUGCAAAGGCUCGAGGUGGGAAUAUCGGCGAUGGUGGUGGUGCUGCAGACCGUGUCAUCAACCAGAUCCUGACAGAGAUGGAUGGCAUGUCCACCAAGAAAAACGUCUUCAUCAUCGGUGCCACCAACAGGCCAGACAUCAUUGACCCAGCCAUCUUGCGCCCCGGCCGCCUGGAUCAACUCAUCUACAUCCCCCUGCCUGACGAGAAGUCCCGGGUUGCUAUUCUUAAGGCCAACCUGAGGAAAUCACCAGUUGCCAAGGAUGUCGACCUGGAUUUCCUAGCUAAGAUGACCAAUGGCUUUUCGGGGGCUGACCUGACAGAAAUUUGCCAGCGUGCCUGCAAACUGGCCAUCCGCGAGUCCAUCGAGAGUGAGAUCAGGCGAGAGCGUGAGAGGCAGACCAACCCUUCCGCCAUGGAAGUGGAGGAGGACGACCCAGUUCCCGAGAUACGCAGGGAUCACUUUGAGGAGGCCAUGCGCUUUGCUCGACGCUCUGUCAGUGACAAUGACAUCAGGAAAUACGAGAUGUUUGCACAGACUCUACAGCAGAGCCGUGGCUUUGGCAGCUUCAGGUUCCCAUCGGGUAACCAGAGCGGCGCCAGUCCGAGUCAAGGCACAGGAGGUGGCAGCGGGGGCAAUGUGUACAGCGAAGACAAUGACGAUGAUCUCUAUGGUUAACUCACUGUCCUCUGUGGACCAAACUCCAAAUCAGGCCACAUUGUACAGGGAAAAAUCCAAUGUUCAGUGGCCUCUCAGCUUUAUUCCUCAGUCAGAACAGUGUAGCUGCACAUCAGACUUUGUACAGAGAAUGUUUUCUGCAAACACAAAUCCAGACCGCUGUUCAGUUGAGAGGCAGACCGUGAAUUAACAAGGAGGGGAACUGACUUAAUUUCUGAGAAAUUUCUGUUCUAGUUUAUGUGGCAGAAUCAGCAGCUUUAGCAAAGAGUACAAUGCUAGCCUGUAUAAAAAAUAUCCCACAAAAAUAAUAAAAAAAAAUUAAUAAAAAUCCCACAAAACUCUA